GCUAUAAAAGCCGGGGUCAUUAAUUAACGGGGAGGGAAACACAUCAGACAUCAAAACACGGAGCGCCGCAGAACUCAAAACAAAAAAAGGCGAAAAAACCGAGGCCAGUCUGCAGUCUGUGGACAGGAGGGUCCAUCAGGCCACCCAGGGACCAGGAGCCCCCAGGAAUGGAUCCCCAGAACUCAGAGGACGCCCCCUGUAGGCGACCUGAGGUUCUUAUUAUCCCGAUGACCCCCAGACUCUGUUCCACCACGGAUAACCCCCUGGUCUCACCCCUGACCUCCGGCACUCCAACAUCGCCGACAGGGCCCUUAUCGCCCCUGUCACCUACCUCCCCACAGGCGGGCUCCCCCAGUAAAGACAGGUGUCUCUCUCUCAGCAGCCCUGAGUUGCUGUCGGAGCUGAAGACUGGUCGGACUCUCAGACACGUUUCCCACAGCAGUGGACUGACCAGAGUGUUUUCUGGCCGCGGUCGAGCGAAUCGCCCCCUGAGCCCCGACUUCUUCCCGCCCACCACAGCACCGCCACCUGCUUCGCCUCCUGGGAUAGCCAAUGGGAGGAGAGGAGAGGCGGGCAGCAUGCCUCUACCCAACGGGAUGGGGAACUGACCUCACGGCUGUCCUACUCAGGAAGUACUCUGUAUAUAUGUUAGUCAGCCAGGUAUUAUAGGGUAGGAUUAUACUGUAAAUAUGCUGAGAUACUCUGCUGCCAGUCAUGUGAUGGGUUAGCAUUCCCAGUCUUUCACUUAAAGAGGAUUUGUGUAACUGCAAUAAUCUUCCCCACGGAAGCAAGGACCCAUACUGCCGGAUUCUCGGAUGGAAGGGCUGUUUGUUCUUUUAGAGAAUUCCUGCCUUUAACAACAAUAAAGACACUCCCUCUGUGCUCACA